CCCUCUCUCCCAGUCACUCAGUCAGUUGCAACAACACGCUCACAGAGGUCGGCAGCACAAAGCGCAGCCGCUCUCUUACCAGCUUGCACACACACACACACACUCGUGCAUACCUCAUCGCACAACACAAACACACACAUACGCACACUUACUCACUCAGACACUUGACACACACACACACACCUCCUCCUCAGCGACGCCCGGCAGGCUGAAGCAAAGCUGACAAGAGGAAGGAAGGAGUAGAGGAGGAAAGAGACCAGCGAAAAUAAGAAGAUAAGAGAAGAAGAAGAAGAAGUAAAGGAGGAAGAAGAAGAGGAGGGGAUAAAAGAGACUGGUGCGGAUCCUAAGAGGAAAUAAAGACACAUUUUGGGAGAACAGCAGUCAGGUUGUCAAAUUGAAGAGCUCCCUCCUGAGGCCCCCUGCUGACUGAUAACAAGCACAACUCCGUACAAGUCUGGGAGCUUCAUGAGCGUGUGCACAUAACCUCCACUCCACCUCUGUGUGUGUGUGUGUGUGGCACCAUGCUGUGGACAGUGCUACUAGCGCUGCUGGUGCUGCUGCUGCUGCAGACUCAGCUGUCUGUGUGCUUAAGGGAAUUACGCACCGGGGGUUCCAGCUCCCCUGCCUACUCCUCCUCAUCAUCCUCUUCCUCCUCCUCUUACAAUGCCACCCAGCAGCGGCUGCCCGGAGCGAUUAUUAUCGGCGUGAGGAAAGGCGGCACCAGGGCCCUGCUGGAGAUGCUCAACCUGCACCCAGAUGUGGAGGUCGCAAAGGCGGAGGUGCACUACUUCAACGUGGAGGAGCAUUUCCGCCGAGGCCUGGCCUGGUACCGAGCCCAGAUGCCCUUCACCCUCCCCGGUCAGCUGACAGUGGAGAAGACCCCUGGCUACUUUGCAGCUCCUCAGGUUCCUGCACGCAUCUGGGACAUGAAUCCUGCCGUCCGCUUGUUACUCAUCGUCCGGGAUCCGGCUGAAAGGCUGGUCUCUGACUACACCCAGGUCCUCCACAACCGCCUGACCCGCCACAAGCCCUAUCAGCCGCUGGAGGAGCUCCUGCUGCGCAAGGGCCACAUCGACCCUGGGUACAAGGCACUGCAGAGGAGCCUGUACCACCAGCAUUUGGCUCGCUGGCUGGAGGUCUUCCCAAGGGAGCAGAUCCACGUGGUGGAUGGCGAUGCGCUCAUUCGGGAUCCUUUCCCCGAGCUGAGAAAGGCAGAGAGGUUUCUGGACCUGCCACCAAGGAUCAGCCCCAACAACUUCUACUACAACACCACCAAGGGCUUCUACUGCCUCCUGUCUGCCGGACACGACAAGUGCCUGGACGAGUCAAAAGGCAGGCCGCAUGCACCCCUGAGCACCCAGGCCUUUAAGAAGCUCUGCCGGUACUUCAGGAAGCCCAACAAGCUGUUCUUUGAAAUGGUGGGGAGGUCGUUCUCCUGGUGCUGAUCAGUGGUGAACAGCAACUGUGGAGAUACCAACACAUUCAGGGAGUCAGACGGACAAAGAAAACUGUUGUUUGUGUGUUUUUGUCAGUAGAGGAGUGGAAAGGUUUGUGUUCUAAAGUCAUAAACAUCACUUGUUGUUGAUACCUACUCAGGUAUAAACGUGGCCAUCAGGCGCGGCACAUACGUGUCCAUGAAGAUACAUGGAGAAUUCAAACUGCUCUCAUCGAACACGCGGCCAACAAAACUUUUACCAUGACCAUGCUGGUGCCUCCCUGGAUAAACUCACUUGACGAAGCUGCGACAACCGUGCCAUACACAAGUUUGAAACUGAAACACAGCUAACUACUCGUUAGUGCUCGUUUGAGGGGUGUUAAAAGAAGAUGUGCAGACUUUGAAGUGAUGUAGAAAUAGGCAAGUGGGGGAAAGAUUGUUGAACCGAUUUGUUGCACUAAACAGAAACUCCUUGCUUUGAUUCUCCUCAGCAGCUGUAACAUGUUUGUGUGUUAGUUAAAAUGUUUUAGUUGAGUAAUCCUGUUUACUUCAUUCUUUCGUUAACUUUUAGACGUCAAGUGAAGAUAUCUAUUUUUUAGCUCUUUUUGAACAUUUAACAUUUGUUUUUUUUUUCUUUUUACCUUCAAGGCAAAUGUAGUACUAUCACUGAUUUGUGUUUUUUAAGAUGUUCUUCUAAUAAUAAAUGUGUUCAGUCCGACA